ACAAAUCUGUCCCGCACUUAUAAAGAAAAUUUAUCUUCUGAUUUUAGUCUUUCUCCAAAAAUAGAACUCGAUGUAUCAGAAAACAAGGACGGUAUGGCGGAAACUCAGGUAAAGAUAUCAAACAAAACCCGCCUUUAUCAAUAUGCCAUCGAACAUAAAAUGGAUCCUGAAGAAUUUUCGAUUAUUACUGAGGCUGAGAAAAAUAGAUCGGGAUAG